AUGAAUACGAUCGAUGAUAAGCUCGUAUUAUCAGGUGUCGCCUUCGUUGGUGAGGUGCCUGCAAAUUUUAUCGAAAACAUGCAGAAACAUCUCGAGAUAAAAAGAGUCAUUCAUUCAGGCAUCCGCCAAACACAUCUCGAAUGGAAUUCUGAUUGCACGGCUAUUGAGAGAUAUUUUGGCACUGAAAUCAAACCACGGUUGGAAAUGCUGCGGCGCAAAUCGUGUACAAAUCGCUUGUUUGUCCAAUUCCACGAAUACCGAGAAAGUACGGAGAUUUACAAACCCCAAACUGGCCCUGGAAAGUACACAGUUUUGAUUGUAGUGAAUCCUGGUCCUGGAUUCCCUCUGUUGUGUGAUGGAACGCAGGGAUCGGAGGGCAAUACGUCUUUCACUUUGAGGGAUAUAACACAGAUAUCUGACGAGAAAGGGGCAGUGGUUAUUUUUGAGGCAAGCAUCGCACGUAAAGAGCCUGUGGUCAAGGGCAAUGGGGGCUCUUGCAUUUUGUUAGCAUAUCAGGAAUAA